AUUAGAAACGUCGCACUCGAGUACCUCGGGUCCAUCCUUUCAACGGAUAAAAACCCCUUUUGGACUCGUCUUCUUCUUCUUGCUACUGAAUCUUAACCCGACCCGAAUUCCGACUGCAAUUUCCCAAAUCCUUGUCCCUUUCUCCAAAAUGGCUCCUACGAAUCCUGAAACCUGGACCCAUGGACCCUCCAUUUUCAAGGAGAACGAACUUCGAGAGGUGGCCGUGCUCCUGGGCAAGGGCUUCCGGGUCCACCAUCCCGAUGCCGUUGGGGGGAUCAGUUUAUCCUACAAUCCAAACCCCCAAAAAUAUAUGGUCAUGCAAUACCACUCCGUGGAAAAUGGGUUUAGGUUGCCCCUCCACGGUCUGCUUCGCGACCUCUGCCUCCAUUUCGGAUUUGCUCCGCGUCAAUUGACUGCCAACGCGCACAAAUAUGUCGCGUCCUACAUCUUGCGGUGCUGUGCCCUGGACAGAACCCCGAAACUGGAUGAAUUCCUUCUCCUCUUCAGUAUCGGUGGUUUCCCCUUCUACAGCCUAUAUCCCCACAACCAUUUCCCAAUUUUUGAGAAGGUUGAGUUCAAGUAUGAAAAAUGGUCAUUGAGAUACUUCGUUAUUGAGUUCCCGGCUCACAGCCCCCUUGAUCUACCGGGUGUUGUCCUCCGCCGUUCCAUUUCCCGGACGAAAUUUGCUGCAGCAGAAUUAGCGGAGGGAGUGUUCAACGCCUUGAGAGAAAAAGAAGGUGUGCCUUCUCCUGAGAGAUCGAAGUCUCCUUCUGCUGCAGAGUCCAACCCGGCUAUGAGCUCUACCGGGAAUCAACCCCAGGGCGAUUCCACUGCCUUGGUUAUUUGCAAGCCGGUUGCUGCACUGGAGGCUGUUCCUAUCUCUGCCAUUCCUGGGCUCAGGAGGCCAUCCCAUCCUAGAAACAACCUAGGGAAGGAGUUACUGACGAUGAUUUCCUUCCCAAUAAGCAUAGGGGUGAUGGCACUUCUGUUUCACCCAGCCCCCUGUCAACUUCUUCUGAAACUGGAGGAAGAAGUUGAGGGGCAGGAAGAACCAGAGUCUUCUCCUACAGCAGAGAAGGAGAUUGGAAUUCAGAAAGUGCCGGACGCCCCCUCCACGGCGGAGAAGGAAGCUGAAGAGCAAAAAGAUGCCGAGGUUCUUCCAGAGAUGAGGAGAGAGACUGGUGGUCCCAAAGUGGUGAAAUACAAAGUCUAGAGGAGGGUGAAUAGACUUUGUUACAGAUUUAAAAUCUUUUUCGUUUCUUUUGAAAACGUGAAAAUGAGUGUUAAUCUAGAGUCCUUGUGAACUUUAGAUUUUGUGUGCGGAAUUUUGGUAGGUAGAGUGAGCAGUAAAAAAUAUGGAUAGGU